CAUUUACAAUCUAUGUUAGUUGCAAUUGGGAAACGAUUGGACAAGCUUGUUUUAAAAAUAUGGACAAAUCAGACCUGCCCGAGGAGCAGCCAUUGAAACCGGAGAAUAAAUCAAAUGAAGCGAAACCAAACACAACAUGGAAAGAAAAGCUCAUAAAUAUUAAAAACAAUGUGACUUUAGAACCGAUUCUAGCUUCUUACGUAGUACCUGGAGUCCUAGCUAGGCUCGCGAUGCAAAACCUUAACCUGGAUAAGGCAUGCCGCGUGAAUCUGGGUUAUGGUGAUCAAGUGUGUGAUGCUCUCAUAGCGAAGGAGGGAGACAGGUAUCACGAGGAAGAGAUACAAGUGCAAAAGCUGAUAGCAUCGAUGGAAGUGUGGAAGAAUGUGCUCCUCACGGCGAUCCCCAGUUUCCUGAUCCUAUUCAUAGGCGCGUGGAGUGACAGGACAGGAAAGAGGAAAGCGUGCGUUCUUAUACCGGUAGUAGGAGAUUUUAUCAUGUGUUUGAGCAACAUUUUGAACACGUAUUUCUUCUAUGAAAUGCCGGUGCAGGUGACUAUGUUUAUGGAAGCUUUCUUCCCGGCCGUGACUGGUGGCUGGAUCACCACGUACAUGGGUGUGUUCAGCUACAUCAGUGACGUCUCCAGCGAGGAGUCCAGGACGUUCCGUGUGGGCAUCGCCAACCUGUGCCUGACCGCGGGCACGCCCAUCGGCUCGGCGCUCAGCGGGGUGCUGCUCAAACACCUGGGCUACUACGGCGUGUUCACACUCAGUGGCUUGCUCUACUUCUUCAGUAUAGUGUACGGAUACUUCUAUAUACAGGAUCCUCAAAGACCGGGCAAUAAGGAAAACGUGGAAAAAACCGGAAUGUGGAAUUUUCUGAAGACAUUUUUUGAUGUAAAACAUGUAAGGGAUACUUUUCAAGUGACAUUCAAAAAGGGACCCAAUCGCCGGCGCACAAAAGCCAUCCUAGUGUUCACGGCCAUUGCCUUUAUUUAUGGGCCGUCUUAUGGCGAGUUUACAGUACGAUAUUUGUUCACAAGAUAUCGCUUUCAGUGGGACGCUGUUAAGUAUAGCUUCUUCAAUACAUUUUACGUGUGCGUUCAUGCACUUGGUGCAUUAAUAUCAAUAAGUUUCUUUAGUCGCAUGUUGAAAUGGGACGACUCGGUUCUUGGUCUGAUAUCCAACUGCAGUCAUUUUGUCGGCGCUAUUCUAUCGGCCCUUGCCAAAAAUGGAUAUGAAUUCUACUUAGCUAUUGCCGUAGAAACAUUCAAUGCGUCCUCCUUUACAGCUUUACGAUCGAUCUCAUCUAAAUUAGUCACAAGCGAUGAAUUGGGUAAAAUGAUAUCCCUAUUCAAUCUGAUGGAGAUAGUGACGUCGAUGGUGUCGGGUCCGGUGUACUCGUGGUUCUACAUGAUGACCCUCAGCCACGACGCCGGCGCGUUCUACUACAUCAGCACGGCACUGUCUGUGCCUGCUAUGGGCAUAUUUAUGUGGUUCUUCAUACAGCACAGAACAACAUUGAAACAGGAAAAAGGGGAAACAGUUCGGAUGACCAACAGAAAUCUGGUUUCAUCGAAAGAAAAUAGUUUGAUUAAUAGCUUAGAUUUGGCUGAUGAAAAAGUAAUACCGUGAGUCAGGUAAUAUAAAUAUAAAUUAAUAAAUAAGUCAGGUAGUAAAUAAACUUAUAAUAGUUUAAGUAAAUUGAUCUCCACUCAAAUAAUGAUAAGUUGUAAUAAAUAAAGGUUAUCAUAUUU